CAGGGGCAGACUGGAUAGGGACAGGUAAGUGGAAGGAAAAUAUUUUGCGUUUACUGGGAUCCCCGUGAGAUUAACAGCAAAGGCGACUGCGUCUCCCUCAGAUCCAUUCCAAAUGGCGGAGGAUGAGGUUGCCACUCUGGUCAUGGACAACGGCUCCGGAAUGUGCAAAGCAGGAUUUGCGGGAGACGACGCUCCACAGGUCGUGUUCCCCUCCAUCGUGGGGUGGCUCAGGCACCAGGGGGAGGAGCAGAAGGGCAGCUAUGUGGGGGAUGAGGCACAGAGCAAGAGGGGCAUCCUCACCCUGAAGUACCCCAUCGAACAUGGCAUCGUCAGCAACUGGGACGACAUGGAGAAGAUCUGGCACCAUACCUUCUACAACGAGUUGCAGGUGGCCCCUGAGGAGCACCCAGUCUUGCUCACGGAAGCAGCCCAGAACCCAAAGACGAACCGCGAGAAGAUGACGCAGAUCAUGUUUGAGACUUUCAACACGCCAGCCAUGUACGUGGCCAUGCAGGCCGUGCUGUCGCUCUAUGCCUCUGGCCGCACCACCGGAAUUGCCAUGGACUCCGGGGACGGGGUGACUCACAUGGUACCCAUGCAUGAGGGGUAUGGCCUGCCCCACGCCAUCAAGCGCCUGGACCUGGCUGGCCAUGACCUGACUGACUACCUCAUGAAGAUCCUGACUGAGAGGGGCUACAACUUCGUCACCACGGCCGAGAGGGAGAUAGUGCAGGACAUCAAGGAGAAGCUCUGCUACGUGGCCCUGGACUUUGAUCAGGAGAUGGCCACGGCCAGCUCAUCUUCCUCCCUGGAGAAGAGCUAUGAGCUGCCGGACGGGCAGGUGAUCACCAUUGGCAACGAGCGCUUCCGGUGCCCUGAGGCCCUCUUCCAGCCCACCUUCCUGGGCUUGGAGUUGGCUGGCAUCCACGAGGAAAUCUACAACUCCAUCAUGAAAUGCGAUGUGGACAUCCAUGAGCACCUGUAUGCCAACACGGUGCUCUCUGGCGGCAGCACCAUGUACCCUGGCAUUGCUGACCGGAUGCAGAAGGAGAUCAUGUCUCUGGCCCCCAGCACAAUGAAGAUCAAUAUCAUUGCCCCGCCAGAGCGCAAAUAUUUGGUGUGGAUCGGGGGCUCCAUCCUGGCCUCUGUCUCCACCUUCCAGCAGAUGUGGAUCAGCAAGCAGGAGUACGAUGAGUCUGGCCCAUCCAUCGUCCACCGCAAAUGCUUCUAAAAUCCAAGCAGCCAACCUCUUCUGGCCAAGUCAAUAUAUAUUGCUGCCUUGCUUUUAUCUGUUGAAUUCUGUCAUCUUGCAGGAUAUUUAGUAUUUGAUUUGGCUCCUGCAUUGGGCAACUAUUGUCCAUCGCUUUGCCAAGGCUUGUCCACAGUUGCGCUCUUGAUAAUAAUAUUAUUUAUACCCCGCCCAUCUGGCUGGGUUUCCUCAGCCACUCUGAUUGUGUACCACCUUCGCCUUUUCUUUUUUUCUGAUUCAUGUGGAGUUCAGUACUUUAUUGCUUUCGAUUUUCUCUGUUGAACAAAACAAGCCAAUAAAAUCAUGCUAAAUGAAGUAAAAAUUGGUGGGCUUCUUGUAGUUCAACCCCCUGCAAUGCAGGAAUCACAGCUAAAGUAUCCAUGACAGAUGGCCAUCCAACCAGUGGCGGAGCUUCUGGGGGGCGGGUGGAGAGCAGGCGUGGGUGACGGUCCCAGGGGCGUGGCACGCCGCCUACAGGGGUAUGGCGGCCAGCGCAGGUGGGGGACAGCCGCAAUGGCAC